AUGACUGCAAUAGUGGAAGAUAUGCCAGUAUUUAUUCCUAAAGAGGAAGAUCUAGGUCGAAUUGUUCAACAAAACUAUGUUCUUUCAUCACAAUAUGAAUCACUUGAUAGUGAUGAUUUAUAUACAAAAUAUAAAAAACUUCAACGACAACUUGAAUUCUUAGAAGUUCAAGAAGCAUAUGUUAAAACAGAAUUAAAAAAUUUAAAAAAAGAAAUGUUACAUGCACAAGAAGAAAUAAAACGUAUUCAAAGUGUACCACUUGUUAUUGGACAAUUUCUUGAAGCUGUUGAUCAAAAUACUGGCAUUGUUGGAUCGACUACAGGUUCAAAUUAUUAUGUACGAAUUUUAUCAACAAUUGAUCGAGAACUUUUAAAAGCUGGUGCUAGUGUUGCUUUACAUAAACAUUCAAAUGCACUUGUUGAUAUUCUUCCACCAGAAUCAGACAGUAGCAUUUCCAUGUUACAAGCUGAUGAAAAACCGGAUGUUGAUUAUUCGGAUAUUGGUGGAUUAGAUUUACAAAAACAAGAAAUUCGUGAAGCUGUUGAAUUACCAUUGACACAUUUCGAACUAUAUAAAUUAAUUGGUAUUGAUCCACCGCGCGGUGUACUUAUGUUUGGUCCUCCAGGUUGUGGAAAGACAAUGUUGGCUAAAGCUGUUGCUCGACAUACGACUGCUUCAUUUAUUCGUGUAGUUGGUUCUGAAUUUGUUCAAAAAUAUCUUGGUGAAGGUCCUCGAAUGGUUCGAGAUGUGUUUCGUCUUGCUAAAGAAAAUUCUCCUGCUAUAAUUUUUAUCGAUGAAAUCGAUGCAAUUGCUACAAAACGUUUCGAUGCUCAAACAGGAGCUGAUCGUGAAGUACAACGUAUUUUACUUGAAUUACUCAAUCAAAUGGAUGGUUUCGAUCAAAGCAUUAACGUUAAAGUUAUCAUGGCAACAAAUCGUGCUGAUACACUUGAUCCAGCUCUUCUUCGUCCAGGACGUUUAGAUCGUAAAAUUGAAUUUCCUUUACCUGAUCGACGACAAAAACGUUUAAUUUUCUCAACUGUAACUAGUAAAAUGAAUUUAAGUGAUGAAGUUGAUUUAGAAGACUAUGUUGCACGUCCUGAUCACAUAUCAGGUGCUGAUAUUAAUUCAAUUUGUCAAGAAGCUGGUAUGCAAGCUGUACGUGAAAAUCGUUAUAUUGUAUUAGCAAAAGAUUUUGAAAAAGCAUAUAAAAAUGUCGUAAAGAAAAAUGAACAAGAUUUUGAAUUUUAUAAGUAA